AACCGCAAGCGCUGGAUCAUUGCCACGGAGAACAUGCAGCCAGGGAGCACCAUCACGAACUCGCCUCACAUUAGCAGGAUGGCAGUGUCAGCCGGCGAAGGGGACGCAUACCCACUGGGGGCUCUGCCUGUAGGCACACUGAUCUGCAACCUGGAGAGCCACCCUGGGAAGGGAGCGCAGUACAUCCGGGCAGCUGGUACUUGUGGGGUGCUGCUGCGGAAGGUGAACGGGACAGCCAUUGUGCAGCUGCCGUCCAAAAGGCACAUGCAGGUGCUGGAGACCUGCGUGGCCACGGUGGGCCGCGUGUCCAACGUGGAUCACAACAAGCGGGUGAUCGGGAAGGCGGGCCGGAACCGCUGGCUGGGCAAGCGCCCGCACACGGGCUUGUGGCACCGCAAGGGUGGCUGGGCCGGCCGCAAGAUCAAACCUCUCCCUCCCAUGAAAAGCUAUGUCAACCUGCCACGGGUCAAAGCAGUGGAGUGAUGCCCGGGGCAAAUAAAGUGUUUUUCAUGC